UCAACACUAAAAAGUCCUUUUAAUUUGUCCCCUUUUAUUAAUAGCAUAAUACAAUAUUAUUGAAUAAUACAAAUACCCAUUCAAUUCGUUUAAAAAAUCAUUUUUAUUCCAAAUAACCAAAAAAAAAUUUCUACAACCAAUAAUAUCAUUUUUAUUCGUUCCCCUUAAUUUAAAACAUUUAAUAUUUUUCGCUUUCAGUUACAUCCAUACAAUUUAAUUAUCUGCAUUAUAAUAUUACAUUUUUAAAUUAAACAAAAACACAUCCAUCAAAUCUUACUCCUCAAGUAAAUAAAGCAAAUAAAAUCACAAAAACAAAAAGCUUCCUGCUUCCCAUUGAACCGAAAUCUUUGUUAAAAAGAAAAGUAGUUUUAUCAGGUGCCAAAUAAUUGUAAUCAUCACAAUAAUUACUAAAAAAAGAUAAUGGAGAUUUAUGGUGAUGAUUACCAUCCACUAUACUGGGAAACUGACUAUACUACCAUGUAUCAUCUUCCAACUCAAGAUUUUAAUUGUUUGGGAUUUGAUGAUAGCUUAUCAUGUUACUAUGAGAAUGAUUCAAGCUCACCAGAUGGUAAUAAUGGUUCAUCCAUGGCGUCUUCUAAGAAUGUUGUUUCGGAAAAAAUUCGUCGUCAAAAGCUUAAUGAUCGUCUUUUUGCUCUUCGAGCUGUUGUUCCCAACAUUACUAAGAUGGAUAAAGCUUCAAUAAUAAAGGAUGCAAUAAACUACAUAAAAGAACUCCAAGAUGAAGAGAAGAAAAUCAAAGCAGAAAUAUUAGAUUUGGAGCAACGGCGAUCCAACAAUGGCAAUUAUGAUAAUAAUUCAUUUUCAGUGAGGGAUUAUGACCAACAAUUGUCUGCUUUGAUUAUGAAAUCCAAGAAGAAGAGGCCUGAAUCUCAUGAUAAUCGCAAACACCAUUAUCAAUCCAAUGCUUUAUGCAGAUCAUCUCCCAUUAAUGACUUAGAAGUAAGGGUGUCAUACGUGGGAGAAAGGACAAUAGUAGUGAGCUUGACCUGCAGUAAAGAAGAGGGCACAAUGGUCAAAUUGUGUGAAAUAUUUGAGUCUUUAGAGCUUAAAAUAAUUACAGCGCAUAUCACUGCUUUUUCUGGUAGGCUCUUGAAGACUGUCUUUCUUGAGGCGGAAGAGCAAGACAAGGACAACUUAAGAAUCAAGAUCGAACGGGUGAUAUCAUCUGCACAAAGCUAAAUGUCACAUGAUUCUGCCACCUGUUAAAAGUUUCAAGCAAUUAAUCGUUGCUGAUUUUUUGCUUUCUACUUGAGACUUGAGAGUAUUUUGUAAAGGUGGCUGGUUAGUGGUUACCCUUCUUUUGACUUGUACUACUACAACAAAUUUCUCUUUUCUUGUGAAUUUUGAAAUUUGGUCAUGUACAAAUCAAGUCCUUCCUUCAUGGCCCCACAUAUUUGAAUCAACAUGGAAUUUCACAAGGCAUGUUAGAUGUUACCAAAUUCUA